AUGUCUUCCACUACCACCGACAAGAAAGUCACCCUGGUCAUUGGUGCUACCGGUGUUCAAGCCGUGGCUGUCGUCAACGCACUCCUUGCUGCAUCUUCUGAUGGCUCGCCCUCUCCCUACGCUGUCCGUGCCUUGACUCGCGACUCCAGCGGCCGUCGCGCUCAAGAACUUGCAGCCAAAGGCGUAGAGCUCUUCAAAGGCUCGUUGCAAGACUUGUCCACUGUUCUCGCCGCCUUAGACGGCGCAUAG